GACGAUUCGAUUCAAUCGAAUUGAAUUCGGAUCGAUCAUCGUUUGACCACGCACUUUCCGUCCUUCAAGUUCAAGAAAAGAGCACUGGCUCGGAACCACACAAAGGAACUUUCGUAUCGGCCGUUGCUUUGGUUGUUGCUACGGACAAUAGAAUUUGGAGAUGAUGAUCCGACGAUCGACAGGACUGCUAUUGGUGUUGGCGACACUUUGCCACUCGCUGGUUGUGCCACAGUUUCAGACCAGGCAUCAAGAAAGACAGCGUCAUGUGGGCAAGCUGGGAAUGGCCGAUGAGGGUAGCAUCACUGUUUCGACGGACAAGUACGAUAUAGUCAAGGUGGAUCUAGAUGAUGGCCGUGAUUAUCCAAUUUACAUUGGUACAGGAUAUGACGAUGGAGAAGCCGCACAAUUGUUGCAAUCGCAUAUCAAGGGAUCCAAAGUACUUUUGAUCACCAACGACCGAAUUGCACCCAUGUAUUUGGAAAAGUACGAACAACUCUUGAAACAGGACUCUGACUUGCAGGUAGAAACCUUGGUAUUGCCGGAUGGAGAAGAACACAAAACCAUGGAAGUGCUACAGAAAAUCUUGGAUAAAUCCUUGGAAUGCGCCCUGGAUAGGAAAGCUACCUUUGUCGCACUGGGAGGUGGUGUUAUUGGAGACAUGGUCGGUUUUGCCGCGGCCAUUUACCAACGAGGAAUCAACUUUGUCCAAAUACCUACCACUGUCAUGGCAAUGGUCGAUAGUUCUGUUGGUGGAAAAACUGGAGUCAACCAUCCUUUGGGAAAAAACAUGGUCGGAGCCUUUCAUCAACCCCAGUGUGUCUACAUUGAUACCGAAACCUUGAGUACUCUGCCCGACCGAGAACUGCAAAGUGGAUUCUCCGAAAUUGUCAAAUACGGUCUCAUUCGGGAUGCCGAGUUCUUUGAAUGGCAAGAGGAACAUAUCGAAGAAAUGAUGGCACGGGAUCCACAGGCACUCCGAUACGCCAUUACCCGUAGUUGUCAAAACAAGGCGGCUGUAGUCAAAGCCGAUGAAAAGGAGGCCGGUCUUCGGGCCACGCUCAAUUUGGGACAUACCUUUGGCCAUGCCAUUGAAAACUACUCGGGAUACGGAACAUGGCUACACGGAGAAGCAGUGUCCAUUGGAACUGCCAUGGCGGCUACCAUGAGCGCACGAAUGGAGUGGAUUGAUGCUGACCUGGUCAAGCGCAUUUACACUCUGCUGGAACGAGCCAACCUACCCGUGGAGCUGCCAGUGGAUUCUCCCAUGACACGAGAGAGCUUUUUGAAGCUCAUGAGUGUGGAUAAGAAAGUCGCCAAUGGACAGUUGCGCUUGAUCUUGCUCAAGGGUGCACUUGGAAACUGCGUCUUCACCGGCGAUUUUGAUGAGGAUGCGAUGGUGCAGACCAUUGAUGAAUUCGUUGCCGAGUGUUCGACGCAACCGAAAAAGGAAAAGGUAGCUUAAAAAACAGGUGCAACCAUUAGCUAGGUAGAAAGAAGACCACUAGGCUUGGUUUGUCGCCACUGCUGUCAAAGAAUUAUCAUGGCAAUGCUUCCGUCAAUCAUGGCAUCAGUCUACUCCAUGUCGUCUAUGCACAUAAGAAGACCAAGGAAACUGCAUGUACGAGACUGGCAUCGUAGAGAAUCAAAAGCAUAGCGCUGCCAACAUACUUCCAGGAUAUGCUUAGGUACAGAGGAAAAAGGUUCUGUGCAGUUUGCAAGUGAUCCGCAAUGUGCAGUCGAUGAAAUACGAAGAACUUGUGCAUCUCUUUUCCGGGUUUUGGCCCAGGCCUGUCCCCGUCUUCAGUUGCUUUUUUCUCAAUAUUUGGUGCGUCCCCGCUGUUUUGGAUGAUGUGGGCUUGUCUCAGUGGGCCCAUGUUGCUUGGCCGUUGCUACAAGUUUGAGCCAAACAAGGGAAUCCCCUCCACUAGCCAGAUCAGUGGGCACCAGUGGCGUUCUGCACUUUUUCUGAGUUUAAUCAUCCCUACAAGAGCUACAGCAGCCCAACCAACCAACUCACUCUUCCCCCCGCCCUGGUAAGUGGCCCAAGCAGCAGGUCUCUUUAGCCAGGUAGUAGUUUAGACAAAAUCCAUUGCCUUUAGAAGCCGGGAACGCAGUCAGAACGGGAGAUUUUCUGAACGCCUCCUAGAAUCACUCGAAGCACCCACUAGCUAGAGUCUAGCUAGUCUCUCCAAAGCCAACUCACGUGUCUUUUUUACGUUUCGUUAGCAAACCAGCCAACACAUCUAUGUACAUAUCCAUCUUCCAAGGAAGACGGACGAUGCCCCAAUUGCAAUUGUGCCUAUGGCCAGAGUGACCUUCACCUUGGCGUAUGAAUCCCUUACUUGCACUUCCUGUCCCUUCAGGUGCCUUUGAUAUAGGUCUUCGAGGGAUAGCUUGGUCCAGCAAUCAAGGCCAUCAUCCACUGACUGCGAGAGGGCAUGCUGCAUUCUAGCUUGGACUUCUAACAUGAUGUGAUUCCUUCCCGUGUUGCAAACGUCAAGGUGAAACACCAAGUUGCCACAAAGAGCGUCCCAUAGUGCUUCCCAGUAGUCUUUUCUGGCGGCAUACUUGAUUGCAGCCAGACAAGAAUCCUUGGUGCGCUGCCGACAACCUCGAAACACCCACUUGCACAAGGAAGCAGCCGACCAAGAAUCAUCGUGGAUUGUGAACAGUUCAAUGCCAAGACCGGUGUGGGCCCAAGGACUUCCACGGGCCUCCCAGAACUUGAUGUUGACUGGUAGCCUAGGCACAAUGUCUGAUUCAUUGAAGAAUCGAGCAUGUCGCAGCUUGCCCACACUUUCCUGAUGACGAAAGGCAUCAGCAAAGGCAUGGCAUCCCACCAUGGGAGCAGCAAAACUUUGAAUGACAACUGGACCCUGUAGUGUCAUUCGUGGGUCAGUGCUAGCAUAGAAUCCCAUGAGGGUAGCACAUGCUCCCCCCAAGGAAUGGCCUGACACAGUCAUUUCAUAGGUUCCACCCAACAAACUGUUGCCAUAGUAG